GUCUAACUCUGUCCAAAAAAUCGCCUCCUCCGCCGCCGCCGCCGCCCGGAGAUUCUCAAAUUAAUGCUAGAUGGGCUGUCCGGGUCGAAUCCGGACGUUAUACAUCGCCGCCGCCGGCGAUAGACUUACAAGACGGCCGGUCAAAUCCGGAGAUGUCAAGAAAGCUGAUAGAGGCAUGCGAGGAGUGGGGCUGCUUCAGGGUGUACAACCACCACAGCCUCCUCCCGCCGUCGCUCACGGCGGAGAUGAAAGAGGUGGCGAGAUCUCUGUUCGAUCUUCCGCCGGAGGCGAAGACGAAGAUCGGCUUCGUUCCUCCCUUCAGUGGGUAUGGGCGCUCAACUCCGGAGAACCCACUCCGCGAAGCUUUUGGGCUUUAUGAUAUCUCAUCUCCACCAGAUGUUGAAGCCUUCUGUGCCCAGAUCCACGCCUCCGACCACCAGAGAGAGACUAUAGUGAAGUACGCAAAAGCAGUGCAUGAAAUGAUAAUGGAGAUUGCGAGGAGAUUAUGUGAAGGGUUGGGUGUGAAAGGGGAACUUUUUGAAGGAUGGCCGUGUGCUCUCAGAAUGUUUAAGUACAAUUUUACCCCGGAUAGCAUUGGCUCGUGUGUGCUGAAGACACACACAGACACUGGAUUUCUUACUCUACUUCAAAACGAUGAGAGUGUGGGCGGGCUGGAAAUCAUGAACAACAAAUCAGGCGAAUUUGUCGCGGUUGAUCCCUGUCCUGGUACCAUCCUAAUUAACAUUGGAGACACGGCAGCAAUUUGGAGCAAUGGGAGAUUUUGCAGUGUAAAGCAUAGGGUGAUGUGCAAGGAAGCAACAGAUCGGUUUUCUGUUGUUUCGGGCCUUUUGGGUCGCAGAGAUUGUGUGAUACAACCGCCACCGGAGUUGUUAGAGCCGCCUCAUCUCCGCCGACUAUAUGUUCCCGUCACUUAUAAUAGACUUAGAGAGCUCCGGCGAGACAACAAAAUGCAUGCUGGUGAAGUUCUUGAUCUUUUGCGAGCAUAGGAAGUUGAAGUGUUAGACCUUAUGGUGUGUGAGCUUUUUAAAUGAGACCUUUUUUUGCAUGAAUGCUCAUAGGUAUAUUUGGGAAACGAUUUAGAUAUAUAUAAUAAGUAGGAUACUCCCUCCGUCUCAAUUUUGAAUACAAUUUAUUUUUCUCUUCUCUUUAGGAGUGAAAACGGAUAUUAAUCGGAUGAGAUAUGUCAUUA